CCUUAACAACACAUUCACUUGUUCUCUCGAGCCUGAAAAGCAAAGCCGCUGCCCCACCCCAUCCCACUUCCUUCCGGCCCUGCAUCCCUCGCCGUCGCUGCUACUGCUUAUCCUCACUCACGUCGCUGCUGCUCCUCCUCGGUCACGCUGGUGUCUCGCCGCCGCUCCUUCUCUGUCACGCUAGUGUCUCGCGGUUGCAGUUCUUUCAUCUGAACCGCUGCUCUCUCGACUCUGCUCCUGUCUCGCCGCUGCUUCUGUCUCCCGCGGUUGCAACGCAGUAUAGUCUACUUUUGUGACCAACUUUUUCCAUUAGUCUCGUCGGCAAAAAUGACCCUAUCGGAGGAUGAAAUUAAGAGGCUUUUCAGAAUUCGUAAGACAGUGAUGACGAUGCUCAAGGAUAGGGGUUAUUUUGUUGGAGACUUUGAGAUCAACAUGACAAGGGAGCAGUUCAUUUCGAAAUUUGGCGAGAACAUGAAAAGGGAAGAUCUUGUUAUCAACAAGACGAAGCGCAAUGAUCCUUCUGAUCAGAUUUAUGUUUUCUUUCCUGAGGAACAGAAGGUUGGAGUCAAGACAAUGAAGACUUAUACCAACCGCAUGAAGUCUGAGAAUGUUUUCAGAGCAAUACUGGUUGUUCAACAAAAUUUGACUCCUUUUGCUCGAACAUGUAUAUCUGAGAUAGCUGCUAAAUUCCAGUUGGAGGUCUUCCAGGAGGCAGAACUGUUGGUCAACAUCAAAGAACACGUUCUUGUACCUGAGCAUCAGGUGCUUACAAGUGAAGAGAAGAAGACAUUGUUAGAGAGAUACACUGUGAAAGAAACACAACUACCUCGAAUUCAAGUAUCUGAUCCAAUUGCCAGAUAUUAUGGGCUGAAGCGAGGGCAAGUUGUGAAGAUCAUCAGGCCAAGUGAAACUGCAGGACGAUAUAUUACCUAUCGAUUUGUUGUUUAAAUACUUUUAUAUUCACGGCUUUUGUUUAGGCUUUUAGUAUUUAAGCCAUGGAUAUUGAUGGGAAUUUGGUGCCUGGUAUAGUUUACCAGAAAAAAAAAAGUAUUUAUAUAGUUGACACAAGCUGGUUUGGGAUUAAAACUUUGUUGUUUCAUAGCUUUUGUUUGAGAGGACCUCGGUUUCUUUCUUUUAUAAAGUAAAUUUAGUGAAUAAAUUAUUUUGGCAA